AGGAACUUCUGUACAACAACGCGGGUUUUUUAAAGAAAAAAAAGCUAGCUAGCAAAGCCAGCUAAACAUAGGUCCUUUCUAACCAGCAGAUGAGUUGUGCUACAUUGUUUUUUCACUACCACUUUACAGCCAUGUUGGUUGUUAAGAAUAGAUAGAUAACAGAGAAGGAAAUGGACGUAGUAGACUUUGGUUUGUUGUUUUUAGCUGGCAAAGUGUCAGUCGGCUUGCUAACUAACGUUAAUGUUAACAUUAGCUAACUGUUUACCAGUUAGCUAGCAAGAUGGUUAAGUGGCUCUAGUGGGUGGUCUUUGUGCUUCGGUAGCUAAUUUUUUAGUUUUGUGGUUGAAAGUAUAUAGUAUGCUUACGCUGUCCUGGAGUCAUUCGAUAUUACUGAUCUUAGUGGGAUAUCUGGUUGCAUGAUACGACACACACAUUAGGUUUGGGGUCGGGGGACGCCACAAUAAUGGCAGGGGUCAUCGCCAUGGCAUCUGUCAUUGAAGACUUCGAAACCCAGCCAUGCAAGAAACGCAAAAAAGACAGCGAUGCCGCAGGGGUCAAGACAAUCACCAAUUACUUCACACCAGUGGCCAAAACAGUGGAGAAGCCUUUCUCACCACCUCGCUCCAGCAAUAUCAUGGACUACUUCAAGAAGACCCCUUCAGCCACUAAUGCCAUCAGCCCACUUCAACAGUCCAAAGAGAAUGAGCUCCAGCCUGUGGAAGCUGUGGCUGGUUCUGACCAUGCAGCCAAACGAGGUAAGCCUCCGUCCAAAAAGCCAGGCAGGAAGGCUGGAAGAACUGCCAAAAAGGCUCUUGCGAUGAACCCUCCUGAGUCUGACAAUGAUUGCAUAUUGGUGUCGAGCACAGCUCAGUCAGAGGACCCACCAGCGAAUUCCACUGUGACUGUGGAGGACACAGGCAGCACCGCUUCGUUAACUCAAAACAAUGGGGAGACUGUGGAGGACACAGGCAGCACCGCCUCGUUAACUCAUGUGGAGACUGUGGGAGAUGUGGAGGAGGCUCUUGAUAGCAACUGUGCAGAUGAUGCAACUGCUACCUCAAAUAAGGAUGCAACUCUAAAGGACACUUCUGAUAGUGGCACACCCUCUGUGAGGACAGACCCAAAACUGGACGGUGCUGGUCUUCCUGUUUGCUCCACCCCAGAGGAGAAGGGAAGGAGAGGCAGGGCUGCAAGGAAGAAUGGCCGAGGAGGAAAGGCCGACUCGGUGCAGUGUGAUGAUGAUCCAGAGACACAGGAGUGCUCUGAGCAGCAGCCACAGACGCCAUCUGUGUCGCGUGAUGCCGGAUUGGAGGAGGAGGAGGCGGCAAAUGAAGAGUCCCAGCUGAACCUCAGCACUGUGACCGUCUCCUUUGAGGACUUCUUAAAAAGUCACAGCCCAAAGGGGGCAAAGCAGCAGCAGCAGCAUCAGCAGCAGGAGGGAGAAGAAGAGACCGAAGCAGGUGGGACGAGACUGACUCUUACAUCAGUGGACCAGGCCGCUGACAGAUUGAGCGUCAGCAAACCCUCCGACGAGGGUGACCAGCCUCCCACACAGGUGUCUCCACGCACUCUGACCAUCCAGGCUGAGGUCCACGCCAUCUCCCCUGAUCAGGACCUCUCCCGGGCCUCCGAUCGAAAGGUUUGCUCCAUCUUCACCACCUGCCGCAGGAGUAAAGACAAAGCCGCGCCCUCCCCCCAGUCGCAGGACAACUCGGAGCCUCACCCCGCCCCCCCGAGGAAGUCCAACGUGGUGCUGCAGGAGGAGGACCUGGAGCUGGCUGUGCUGGAGGCUGCAUCCUCCUCCUCCGCUGCUGUGCCCAAGUGCAGCCAGGCUGAGCGGAAGCAGUUCAUGAACGCCUUCAAGCAGCCCGCCCAGGACACAGCCAAGGGCAAAGCAGGCAAGGCAGCCGGCAAGCAGAAGCAGCAGCAGCAGGAACAGCAGCAGGAACAGCCAGUUGAGGGAGCUCCUCCAGCUGAUAUGGAGGAAGAGAAGGAGGAGGUGGAUGGGGAGGGGGGGAAGGCGAAGGGGACCGAGGUGGAGAUGGUGGAGGCUGACCCCAAGCCAGUGGAGCUGAAAGGUGCUGCUCAGAAAGCAGCUCGGAAAAAGCGUGGGAGGCCUAAGAAGGAGCAGAGAACCACUCCUCCGGCCGCUCUCCCUGCAGAUGCCGAGGCUCCUACUGCCCGUGAGGCCGGCGAAGCCCUGCCCAGUGCAGACCAGCCCAAAAGCACGCCCACGACCACUGAGACCAGGAGGAGGUCCGACCGUGAGCUCGCACGCAAGCAAAGCACGCCGGCCCCACUCACACCCUCCUCAGAGUCUAAGCACGCGGAGAGCACCAGUAAACCUCAGAGCACGCCGGCCCCCCUCACACCCUCCUCAGAGUCCAAGCACGCAGAGAGCACCAGUAAACCUCAGGAGCUCCCUAGUCCGGCCAGCACACCCAAAACACACCGGCCCAAACAAAACAAGUAUCAGUCCCACAUGCUAGUUCCUCCAGAUGACAAAGGAAGCCCAAUCAGAAUGAAAUUCACCCGUGUGUUCAUAAGCCCUGGAGAGAUGAGCGAAUUUGAUAUCUUGAGUCCACUGGCAAAAGAGGACUCCAAGAAGAGGAAGAAAGCCCAGAAGCUGGUGCAGAAGGCCAAAGCCUUUCAGCAGAGCAGGCAAGAGGCCACCGAAGAGAAGGCACCUUUGCGACGGUCCUCACGCCGCCAGGACACAGCCAAGAGGAACUACUGCGAGCCUGAGGACCCAAUAAUAUGUUUGGAGAAUGAUGAGGACAGCUCCACUGUAAAAACAGAAGAUGCCAAAGCCAAGAAACAGAACCAGGUUCGCAGCCUAAAUGACGUUUUGGGAAAAAAUACACCUGGCACUAAAGUGACCAAAUCACCAGCAGUGGCGGGAGCCAAAGUGGCCCCUCUGUUCACGGGGAAGAAACCUCAGAGGCCAUCAGCUGUGAUCUCCAUAUUUGAUGACAGCAGUCGCGACGCCUCGGACGCCUCUCUGGAUGAUGAGCAGUUCCGGGCGCGUCGGGAGUUCCUGAAAAGCGGCCUACCCGAGUCGUUCAAGAAGCAGAUCGCCAAAACGGCGGCCAGCCGCGAGGCCUACACCCUCUCCUGCUCCUCCUUCCAGAUGGUGGUGCACGUGCUGCAGAGAGCACCCAACUGUCCCCUGUGGAGUCUGCCCUGGCCUGCGUGCCCCCGUCUGGGCAGGCUGAAGGAGGAGUCUGGGGCUCUGGUGCUCAGGUCUCCACUGUCUGGUGUGGGUCCACUCAGCCUCGGCAUCGUUCCUGCCCAGAGGAGCUGCAGAGAACAGCUUGUUUCUGGCUGGAGGGAGGACUUGUCUCCAGCAGUGCAGCGCUGGCUGGUGGAGGAGAUCAGCAGGUCCAACCCCUCCUUCCCCACGCAGCGCAUCUUCACCCAGCUGCUGAAGAGACGGGCCGAGCAGCUCCUGAAGCCCACAGCCCCGGACACAGAUAGUGUCCCUCAGGAGACAGCUAGGUCCAGCAGCUCCCAGCCAGUGGGAGGCAAGAGGAAACGAGAGGAGAAUGAGAGGGACUCCGCAGAGAAGGUUUCCAAGAAGCAGCGCUCCUGCCGCAAGGAGCCCGAGACCAUCACCAUCCCAGACGACAACCCAGAGCCCCCCAGGAGGGGCCGAGGGGCCCGCGGCCGGCCACGCAGACAGCAGCAGCAGCAGGAGGAGAGAGAGGAGCCCAAAGCAGAGGUGGUGUCCACACCCGCCAUCUCCCAGAAGGAUGACGUGAUUGUGCUGGACAGUCCGUCGCCCUCGGAGCACACCCCCACAGAGGAUGUGGUGAGAGAGGACGUGAUGUGGACAGAGAAGUAUCAGCCUCAGCACUCCAGUGACGUCAUCGGCAACAUGCAGUCUGUCAGGAGGCUGCACAGCUGGUUAAGAGAAUGGAAGCUGAGGGCCGACCGUGAAGAGAGGAAGAAGCAGCAGGAGAAGAAACAGGGGGACGACCUUAACGACUCCUGGCUCAGUGAGUGUGGUGAGGAGGAGGACCUGCUGUGUAACACACUGCUGAUCACCGGCCCUACAGGAGUGGGAAAAACGGCAGCUGUUUAUGCCUGUGCCCAGGAGCUGGGCUUCAAGGUGUUUGAGGUGAACUGCUCGUCCCAGCGCAGCGGCCGACAGAUCCUGUCCCAACUGAAGGAGGCCACGCAGUCGCACCAGGUGGACAUCCAGGGUGUGAACGCCCACAAGCCCACCUUCUUCAACAGCUACAGCGGUGGCGGUGGCGGCUCCAGACCCGGCUCCUCUCCCCGCAAGGUGAACUCACCCCGGCAGGUCGUGUCCUCCCCCCACAAGCCCCCCCAGUCUCCCCGACUGAAGAAGAGGGGCUCACUGGCCCCCACCUCUUUGGCCAACUUCUUCAAAAUGGGUGGCAAGCCUUCUCCCAAAGAGCCUGCCGAAACCAACGGCAAAAAAACACGGCCAGCCUGUAAGAGCCCUCGCAAGAGAGUCAAGCCCAAGGAGGCUUCUUGUUCAAGUGAGGAUCAGUCAGCUACACCAUCAGCGCCAGCUCCACCACCACCACCAGCCCCAUCGACACCAGCAGCAGGACCAGCCGUCGGUGGCAAGGCCCCAGGCGACGAGCAGGGCAAGAGAACGGCCACGUCACUCAUCCUGUUUGAGGAGGUGGACGUCAUCUUUGACGACGACACGGGCUUCUUGGCCGCCAUCAAGACCUUCAUGGCAACCACCAAGAGGCCCGUCAUCCUCACCACCAGUGAUCCUAAUUUUAGGACCUCAUUUGAUGGCUACUUUGACGAGAUCCACUUUGAGACUCCCUCUGUGGAGCAUGUAAGCAGCUACCUGCGUCUGCUGUGCCUGGCGGAGAACGUGCGUGUGUCUGCGGAGGACGUAGCGUCCCUGCUGCGCUGCACCGGCGGGGACGUCCGGCAGAGCCUGCUGCAGCUGCAGUGCUGGGUUCGCAGCGGAGCCGGACCCGGAGCCCCUCACACAGCCACCCAGUCGCUGCAGGUCAGUGGUAGUGAGGUAGCUCUUGAGCAGGAUGGGAAGCCAGAUGUUCCCCCCUGUGAUGCCGGCUGCACUGCCAGUCUCCUCGGCCUUCUCAAUGUCCAGCUUCCAGACAGCCUUCUCGAGUUCAUCAAGUGUGAGUCUGCGAGCCCACUCUGCUGGGAGCUGCUGGCUGAAACCGAGAGGAGAGGCUUUGACCUGCUCUACUCCAACAUGGAGGUCCUUCUCCCUCUGCCCACCUGUCCACUCAGACAGGCUCUCCCCAGAGCCCCCGUAGAGCUUGGGCCAGGCCAGACUGCCCCUUCCCCUGCCCCCACCACCAGCCUCCCACCCCAGCCUGCCAACCCCAACACUAAGCCCCCUCUGCUGGCUGAGACUGAGGAAGAGGCCAGUCCACUCAAAGUCUCUUCCAGGAUGAGGCAGAAGAAGCAGUGCCAUCCAGGCACCAAGGACCCCUUCCAGUCCGACUCGGACUCAGACGAUGGCUUCCUGUCGCUCUGCAGACCCGCGUCUGUCCCCGGCGCCGCUCCAGAGCCGCUGAAGGAAGAGAAAGCGCCGCUCGCAAGGCCCGUGACAGAGAGGAGGAAGAGGGUCGAGCUGACCGAAGCCGAGAGGAAGAGGAGCGGCCCAGUCUCCAUCGCCCUGGGCGCCAUGGUUGAAUUCCUGGAGCACAUGUCCGCCCUGGACUCCUACCUGACGUGCCCGGCUUUGCAGGAAGCUGACGGUGCAUGUGUGCCGGCUGCGGCGUCCGGCUGGGCCCGUGCGGAGAUCCGGAGCGGCCUGACAGACGAGCCCCGGCUGCAGGCCGGAGGCAGGAGCGGAGGCUGCCGCUGGGCGGCUGGAGAGGAGCAGGUGCGGGAGAUCCGGGCGGCGAUGGAGAGCCUGAGCUUCAGGAGGUGCAGGGCCGGCGUGGAGCAGGCGUGGGGAGCAGCACAGGCUCUGGAGGAGGAGGAGGGGGUCAGGCAGGCGGCGCUCGACGAGAUCACACUCCCCACGGCUCCGCACAGACAGACCUUCAACAUCACGCCGGACAACACACUGUGCCAGCCAGGAUUGCCCCAGCGUAGGUGUGACCUGGUGAGAAGUGUAUGUAGCUCCAAAGUGGGCACCAGCAGCCGGGCGGCCAUAGCGCUCGACAUCCUGCCCACCCUGCGCACCAUUUGCAGGUCUGAGCAGCUCAAGGAGCAGGGCAAGGUGAAACGCAGGUUUCUCCACUACCUGGAAGGCAUCAACCUUGGUCUUCCCAAACAAACCCUUCAGCUUCUGGCAGCGGACUUUCCAUAAGCUGUGUGUGUGUGUGUGUGUGUAUGUGUAUGUUUGUUUGUGUGAUGACAGUAAAAUGAGUGUUGUACAGUAUUGUAACAUACCCACAAUAGUGGCCUUGAUUGUUUAUUAAUGUAGUGUACAUUUUGUAACAGUAUGUUUUUAUAAUCCAACUAUCCUCAGUACAGUGCCCUAAUUUUAUCAAGUAAUAAAUUCCUAGAUUUGACAGACAUUUAUAGAAAGAGUACAUGUUAACUUUUAAAAAUGUUUUCACUUGUAUUUGUAACCCAAGCUUCACUAUGCUUAAACGAUGUGUACUGAAUGAUGUUGAUGAUCUACUUCUCCCCAUGGUUAAAGUGGGGUUAUAAAAUUUCACGUUUUUUUUUAAAUCACAUUUCUUAUAGGUUGUGUUUGUAUUUAUAUGAAGGUGUGGCUCUGGUUACUUUUGUGAAAUCUGAAAAAAUAAAACAUGUUUAUAUUUUUCCCCCCA